GCAAAGUUCAUUUCUUCAGCUAGAUAAGAUGUCAUCUUGGGAACAUUUUGGAGAGAUAGCGAAUGUCGCCCAACUCACGGGCAUUGAUGCGGUUCGACUGAUAGGAAUGAUAGUAAAAGCUGCAAGUACGGCUAGAAUGCACAAAAAGAACUGCAGGCAAUUUGCGCAGCACUUGAAGUUGAUAGGGAACUUGCUGGAGCAGCUCAGGAUCUCGGAGCUUAAGAAGUACCCGGAGACACGUGAGCCUUUGGAGCAGCUUGAGGACGCCCUUAGAAGGUCUUACAUUUUAGUAAAUAGUUGUCAGGACCGGAGCUAUCUUUAUCUCCUUGCCAUGGGGUGGAACAUCGUGUAUCAGUUUCGGAAGGCGCAGAAUGAGAUUGAUCGAUAUUUGAAGAUUGUUCCUCUUAUUACUCUUGUUGAUAAUGCUCGAGUGAGGGAGAGACUGGAAUAUAUUGAGAAGGAUCAAUGCGAAUACACAUUGGAUGAGGAGGACCAAAAGUUGCAAACUGCUAUCCUGCAUAGGGAACCUUCAAAACAUGAAACUAUGGUUCUUAAAAAGACUUUAUCUUCUUCCUACCCAAAAAUGGGGUUUAAUGAAAUAUUGAAAAAGGAAAAUGAAAAGCUUCAACUAGAAUUGCAACUAUCACAGGCUAAUAUGGAUGUGAACCAGGUUGAAGUGAUUCAGCGUUUGAUUGAUGUUACAGAAACUGUUGCAGCAAGUCCUCUUCCGGAAGAGAGUUCCCCAAAAAAAGUUUCUAAGAAAGUAGAGCGCAACUAUUCUGAUGCUGAUAGUGAGCAACAUUAUUCGUAUGAUGAGCACUCUCCUAAAAAAGUUGAUUCUCGCACGACUUCCAGAAACACAUCUUCAGUUUCAUCAGGACAGGAUCUACUGUCAAGAAGGGGCUCUUUUCAGCAUGAAGAAUGGCAUAGUGAUCUGCUCGGCUGUUGUUCUGAACCUCUUCUGUGUAUAAAGACGUUAUUCUAUCCUUGUGGCACAUUAUCAAAGAUUGCAACUGUGGCGAAUAACAGGCACAUUUCUUCUGCAGAGGCAUGUAAUGAACUCAUGGCAAACUCGUUGAUAUUAUCAUGCUGUUGCUACUGCUGCGUUAGAAGGAAGCUUCGUAAGACAUUGAACAUCACGGGUGGGUUUGUUGAUGAUUUCUUGUCACAUUUGAUGUGUUGCUGCUGUGCUCUUGUCCAAGAAUGGCGAGAAGUGGAAAUCCGUGGCAUCUAUGGUCCUGAGAAGACAAAAACGAGCCCCCCACCCUUACAAUUCAUGGAAUCAUAAUGACCUAAUGAAAUCUCGAUUUAGCUGCUGGUUGGAGAUUCAUCGACUUCCAAAAGCCAAAAUAGAGGUAACAGCUAGUUGCCACUGUGAUAUAAAACUUGUAUUGAGAAUGCUUCUGCACCAUGAGUUCACCCCUAUGUAAAGUAAUCUCCACAUUUCACAAAUGAUGUAUCAUAGACUAUUUUUUUAAGGUAUAGUGUUGUUUGAGUUAAUUACCUGGUUUUAUUAUGUACUCAUGUUGGCUAACCAUUGACUUGAAUAAUCCGGGAUCCAUAUUUCCAUGGAUGACCUAACUCUAGCCGGCCAGCCACGAAAUCUUGAUGAAAUUUCACCUCUAUUAUUUGGUGGUUA